AGCCCGUAGGAAAUAUGCCGACCACAUCAGCUACCGAUCGUACGACCCCAACCCGCAGCUACCGCUGCGCAGUUGCCUGUCAGGGCUGUCGCCAGCGCAAAGUUCGAUGCAGCUUGGCUGUCACGGGUAAACCUUGCAUAGGCUGUACUCAGGAUCGGACCGAGUGUAUUGUCGUCCCAAAGCAGCGAAGGAAAACCCGAAAAUCGCAUCCCAAAGUCAUUCGCCGGCAUGAUCCAAAUCCUAUGCAAGGUUCCAACGCUGUAGAUGAUCUUCCCGCUGAUGAUGAGUCGAAUCCCAGUAUGAGCUCAUCUACCUUUCAAAAUGGGGGGGGUGAGGUAGAUCCAAUCUCUAUACCGACUCAUCCGGCUUUUGGAGGUGACUCUAGUGAAGGCGGUCCGGGCAAUGGAGGCGAUGUCGGAAUAGCAUCGUUGGAACAAUCUCAAGAAGUCGGUACUACGACUAUUCGCGCCGAAGUUCACGGUGAUAUCGAGAAUGAGGAGAGAAGCGGGUUUGAGAUUGCGACAGCAGCGUUAGGGCAAUCUCAAAGAAACGGCGAGGUGCCUUUCUACGCCGGAGGCACGACCGGACCCACAUCCGCUCUGGACAUUUGUUCACCAGAGAAAUCGUUGUCAAGGCACUUUCUCAUCCCAUCUCGGGCUCGUUCCCCUCUUUCAGAUGUGGACCGAAGCUAUCUUCAGGCGAAAGGAGUACUUACGCUUCCCAAGGCAGAAAGCUGUGACAGCCUCCUUCGAGCGUAUCUCCAUCACGUUCAUCCCAUAAUGCCAGUCAUUGAAGUCGAUCACAUCCUAGAAUACCAGCAUAGCGGGAGACUUCAUGAGUACAACAUUCUCCUACUCUGGAGUAUUUUCUCUGCUGCAGUUAAUUUUGUCCCUUCUGAAAUCUGUCAGCAAGAGGGUUAUAAUUCUCGAAAGGAAAUGAAGGCUGCAAUGUAUUCACGUGCAAAGUGUAUGUUUACCGUCAGUAAAGAAAUAGACAAGGUGGUCCUUAUACAGUCUUCUUUAUUAUUGGGAUUCUGGAUUUCAGAACAAGAUCAACAUUUGCAACCUUGGUACUGGACUGGAACCGCAAUCAACCUCUGCCAGAUGCUGGGACUGCAUCGUGAUCCAGACUUCUCAAAAUUUAAUUCUGCAGUCACCGAUCGACAACGGUGCCUGUGGCGUCGGCUUUGGUGGAGCUCAUUCUAUCGAGACUGCUGGCUUGGCUUAAAUUUCGGAAGGCCACUAAGAAUUAACCUUACCGACUGCGAUACACCUUUGCCAAUGGCCACGGAUGUGCUUAUUGAUUUAGUAGGGGUGCCUGAAAGUACAUCCGCUAGCUUUAUACCAGAUGAUAUGUCUAGGCUGGCCUCUUACUGGGUGACAUUGGUUGAAUUGAGCAAGAAACUGGGUGCUGUAAUUGCUUUAAACUACCAAGCUCAACGACCAAGGCCUACUAUCCAGCAGUUUACAUCUCUUGAAUCGGGGAUUCUCCAGUGCGCAUUACCAAAUCAAUAUGAGUCUAAUCAGACGAGUUUGGCACGGUUUCAUUCUUUACAUGUUCAUUUGCACUACCAGGUACUUCUUAUUGCUUUAUAUCGGCCUUAUGGAUCCGAAACUCCAGCUGGUCUUGAUACUGAACCUGAAGAUUGGCAACAUCGGAUGUGUCUGAAGGCUGGUGAAGCUGCAUCUAAGACCAAUGAUAUUUUUAAUGCCCUCGCAGAAGAUGGCCUUCUCAUAUUCGCCGGGCCAAUGACACCAGGACUCUUAGCCCCAGCAAUGCAAACGCACUUACUUUUUUAUAAGUCUGCCGACCCCCUCACAAGACGCCUUAAGCUUCACAAACUUGAGAUGUGCAUGCUUAUUAUGGAAGAACUUCAAAAAACCUACAGUGUCGCUUCCCUUUACCGAGGGAUUUUCCUCAAGGCUAUGGAGCAGAUCUGCCCCUCCUACCAAACAAAAUCAAUGACUUCCGACCAAGCAAUCAGCUCAGUUCCAAGAAGUGAUUCUGCCAACAGGAACCACACUGGGGAUAAGGUUGCCUCUAGUCAGUCAGUCGCAGAACAUGUUGGUAACACCACUUCAUUUACCAGUGCGUCGGGGCAAGAUACCGACAUACUUGGAGAUUUCAUGGACUCAUUAAUUGAUGACUCCUCAAUAUUUAACUUCUGGGAAAUAUGGAAUUAAAAAAAAAAAGCUAGUACAAAUUCCACUUGAUUCAUUAAAAAAGCA